AUAUCUCGAUAUUUUCAUGGCCGCGAAACAAAAUGGCUGUAGAGGGUGGAUAUUCGGCAAGUGUCAAAAGUAGUGAUUAAACAUUUUAACUGAAUAAGAAUAAACUUAUAUAUUUAAAUAUUAAAAUUAAAUAUUUUGAAGUAGUUACAUAUUACAAUCAUGAUUCGUUUUAUUUUAAUUCAAAAUAGAGCUGGUAAAACUAGACUUGCUAAAUGGUACAUGAAUUUUGAUGACGAUGAAAAACAAAAAUUGAUCGAAGAAGUUCAUGCAGUAGUUACUGUUAGAGAUGCCAAACAUACUAAUUUUGUAGAAUUCCGCAAUUUUAAGAUUGUCUAUAGACGAUAUGCAGGUUUAUAUUUUUGCAUUUGUGUAGAUGUAAAUGAUAAUAAUCUUUGUUACUUGGAAGCAAUUCAUAAUUUUGUGGAGGUUUUAAACGAAUAUUUUCACAACGUAUGCGAAUUGGACUUAGUCUUUAAUUUUUAUAAGGUGUAUACAGUAGUAGAUGAGAUGUUUCUAGCUGGUGAAAUUAGAGAGACCAGUCAAACUAAAGUGUUAAAGCAGUUAUUGAUGCUGAACUCCUUAGAAUAAGUCAACUUAUUCCUUUAUAAAGUAUUCAGAGAUACUCUGAAGAUUGUUUAUUUAUAAAGAAAGUUGGUAAUUAUGUAAUUUACAAUGCGUUUAAAUUAUUGAAAAGAAUGCAGGAAUAUAGCUAUAUUAUUCAUAAUCUUACAAAUAAAUGUCAUAUACAUCACAGUAACAAUUAUAAAUGUUACUUUAUCAUUUGAAUGUAAUACACGUUCCUACUUUUUUGUUACUUGUGAAAUAAUAUAUAUAAUUAAAAAAUAUCUAUUCUAUUAAUUUUAAGAAUAAGGAA